AUGCUUCUUUCAGGUAGUGAAACACCAUUUGAUGGAGUUGUUGAAGCCAUUACAGUCCCCGCUUAUACCCUCCUUCACAUUCGAUUGGUCAAACGUCGACGUUUCCAAAGCACCGAACUGAAUGUUUGUGGCAUGACAAACGGAGAGGAUGAAGAGCAAGUUUGUUUUAAGCAGUACCUUUAUGUGCGCAGACCAUUUCUAUCCGUUCCUCACCGAGUAGAAUGCGGUGUCUCAGAAUGCAGGCAAUUCAUUCCAGUGCUCGAUGCGUCCGGAAAGUAUGAGCCAGGUAUCUUAGUUGGACGAAGGAUUUUCAGUGGUCUCUAUAGUGAAUGUGUAGCAAUCGAUGUGGAAAUCCCAGGUCGAAGACAACAUUUGAAGGGUGGCUAUGGGAGGUUGUUCUUCGAUGCGCGUUUUCGCGAUUACCGAGACAAAACACUCUAUAAAGAUGAUGCAGAAAAUUAUGAAUUCUUAGCCUAUGAUGUUUGCUUACCAAAAUCGUGUUCCAAUGAUGCAGAUUUGCUGAAACUAGGACGACGCACAAAUUCAUUGGAAGAGUUUAAAACUUUGCAAGAUCGCUCAACGCAAAUCCUGAUCAAUGCAUAUUUUGGUGUUGAUACAUUUUUCUUUCUAUCCGGAUUAUUAGCAUCUUUUGUAUGGUUCAGAGAGUACAAUCGAAAUGAAAAGCAGCAAAUGUCACGAAUUGCCUGGAUAAUGUUUUACGUGCAUCGAUACAUUAGGCUAACUCCCCCGUAUUAUCUAAUGAUAGCAUUCUACUCGUUUGUAUUUCUAACGUUCACCAAGAAUAUGCCGAAUGUUCUGUCACCAUUGCACGAUUCGUGUGAAAAGAACUGGUGGAUCAAUUUUUUGUAUCUGAACAAUUAUAUCGAUUAUGGAAAUCAGUGUUAUUCGAUUUCGUGGUAUUUGGCAACUGAUUUGCAAAUGUACAUAUUUGCACCAGUAUUACUCGUUCCUUUGGCGAUAAAACCCAUUAUUGGCUUUAUUGUUGCGGGAGUGAUAUUGUGUGCUUCAGUUGCAGCCAAUAUGGCAACAGUUUACGCACUGUAUCUUCCGCCGUCUCCCUACCCUCUUGGAGUAAUGGAUCCACGCAUGAAAAACAACAAGCAAUAUACUCUUUUGAUCGCAGAUUCUCCUUGGAUUCACUGCCAGAUAUAUAUAACUGGAAUGCUAAUUGGUUACUUAUUGCAAACAAAGAAAAGGUUGCACAUUAACAAGGUAGUAAAUAUUGUCUUGUGGAUAAUAUCGCUUGCAAUCGGAGCGUAUCUUAUGGUAAGUCUGAAAGACUGGACUGAUGGUAAACUGCUGAGCCUAACUGAGCGAGCUUUCUAUUCAGCGUUUAGUAAGAUCGCGUGGGGACUUGCACUGUCCUAUGUUACGGUUGCGUGCUUUUACGGUUAUGGAGGUCCAAUCAGUCAGUUCAUGUCAUGGUCAGUAUGGAUUCCAUGCAGUCGUCUUACAUAUUGUUCAUACCUGCUACAUCAGUGCAUCGUGCAUUAUGUUGUUGGGAUGCGCAAUGUACCAUUAACAUACACAAACUUCUCAUUCAUUUUUGUUUCGAUAGUACUUCCAGCUGCAAUGCUCACAUAUUUCUUCGCGAUUUUCUGGAGUGCUCUCUUCGAGAUAUCGACGAGAAGAGUUGAAAUGCUAUUUCUUGGUGGUUUACGAUGUAGACGAGCGGAGUCAGCUACGUCACAAGAUUCCGAAAACACAGAAAUAAUGACUGGCUGCGGUCACGUUUUACCGCGACCGCCAAGUCAUGCACCUCCUGAACCACCUGUGAGUGUACCACCCGAGCAACCAGCAUGGGAAUUGACACAAGCGAAAAGGGCCCUUUACAAACUGUUCAAACGCAACGAAUAUAAAAGUUAUAAACCGCAACCUGUGGGCGAAACGCAACAAAAUGGGAUUAGCUCUGAUAGAAAGGAACAGACUGAACGAGCCGAAGUGUUGAAUGUGGCAAAGGGCUUGCAAAAUCAGGCGACAGGCAACGAUGAUAAUAAAGGCUCGAUGAGAGAGGCUCAUAGGAGACGGAAAGAGCGUCGAGAUUUUGUCGCUACACCUGCGGAUGGUGACUGGAGCUGA